GAAUAUCAUUUAAACUUAUUUCUACAAAGGAUUAUCAUAUAUUACACGUAUAUUUUUCUUAUUGAAUAAAUAAACCCUUUGGUAAUAAAUAUACUACUUAUUAGUGGUGGCUAGUAGUUUUUAACGAGAAAAAAAGUCGAUUAUUUGAUCAUACAAAUUUACACGAACUUAUGGCUUAUGAUCAAGAUAAUACUAAAGCAUGUUUAAAAUGUGGAUCCAAAUGUCCUGGUUUCAUGAAACAUUCAUGGAGAAUGUUAUGUACACAAUGUCAUUGUGCAUAUUAUGAACAUGAUAUUGAUGAUUUUACUAAUCAAUCAAUAUUAGAUCAAUUAGAUUUAAAUCAAUCAUCAUUCUAUGAUGAAUAUAUGAAUGCACAAAAUUUGGCUAAACAAUUUGGAUUACAUUGGUUACCUAUUGGUGUUAAACCAGUAGAGGUGAACUCAUUUUUGGAUAGUCUACCAAAGGAUGAAUUACCACGUGGUGAAGUUGCUAAUCAUAUUAGACGUCAACGUCUCAGGAAACAAAUACCAUUACAAGAUCGUAAACCAGCUGUAACAAUUGAAGAAUUAUGGCAUCAUACAAAAGAUUCAAAUCCUAACUUAGAAAAUGAAUUAAUUGAAGCGAACCGUUUUAAAAAUUUUCGUAAUUUUCAUGAUUUUGGUAUUGGAUUAGUGGAACAUAUGAAUGAUAAGGAUGGACAGCCAUGUACACAUUGUUCGAAUAUAAUCCAUUUUGAUGAUUUCUGUAUACGAAUUAAACCAGAACAUUCUUUAAUAGAAGAAAUGUCUAAUAUACCCUCAAAUCAUACACCAGUUUGGCAUUUGAAUUGUUUUCGAUGUACAAUAUGUAAUGAAUAUUUAGUGGAUUAUAUAUAUGCUUGGUUAAAUAACCAACCUUAUUGUUUACGACAUUAUGCUCAAUCAGUACGUCCACGUUGUGUGACAUGUGAUCAUCUUAUUUUCUCAGAAGAGUACACUAGAGCUAUGGAUCAAGAACAUCAUUCUGGUCAUUUUGCUUGUCAUAGUUGUGAUGCAUCAUUAACAGGACAACGUUAUAUAUUACGUGAUGAUGAACCACAUUGUUUAGCUUGUUAUGAAGCUAAAUUUGCUAAUACAUGUGAACAAUGUAAAGAAAAAAUUGGUUGUGAUUCAAAGGAUCUUUCAUUUAAAGAAAGACAUUGGCAUGAGAAAUGUUUCAAAUGUUCUGCUUGUACUACUUCAUUAGCUGAUCGACCAUUUGCUACAAAAGAAGAACAAUUAUAUUGUUCUGAUUGUUAUGAUGAACGUUUUGCUGCACGAUGUGAUGGUUGUCAAGGUGUAUUCAAAGCUGGAAUGCGUAAAUAUGAAUAUCGUGGACAACAAUGGCAUGAAGAAUGCUUUUUAUGCGUUGAAUGUAAACAACCAAUUGGUGCGAAAAGUUUUAUUCCACGAGAAAAUCAAGUUGUAUGUGUACCAUGUUAUGAAGCGAAAUAUGCUCAACGUUGUACUAAAUGUUCAGAAGUUAUACGUCGUGGUGGAGUUACAUACAAAGGGAAUCCAUGGCAUAAAGAAUGUUUCACUUGUACUAGUUGUUCUAAACAAUUAGCAGGAUUAAAAUUCACUUCUAAAGAUGAACAACCAUAUUGUGCUGAUUGUUAUGGUGAAUUAUUUGCUAAAAAAUGUACAAAAUGUACCAAACCAAUUACUGGAUUUGGUGGUUGUAAAUUUAUUUCAUUUGAAGAUCGUCAUUGGCAUUCAGAAUGUUUUCUAUGUGGAAAAUGUAAUUGUAAUUUAGUCGGUAGAGGUUUUCUUACCAGUGAUGAUAUGAUUAUGUGUUCUGAAUGUGGUCGUUAACUUCAACAAACACUUCAAAGAAGAGGAAGAAGAAGAAUGAUUAAAAAAGAAACAAGCAGCAGCAGCAGUUAUAUAUAUAUCUAGUCAAAAGUGCGUGAUUCAUUCAUUUGUUCAUUCAUUCGUUCGUUCGUUCUUUCUUUCUUUAUUCCGCUUUAUGAUAUCAAUUUGUUUUGUUUUGUGUUUUGUUCUAUUUGUUUGUUGGUUAAAAUAGUCAAAUCUUCUUAGCUAAUUCAUUCUAAUAUGUUCACAAUGCAUUUAUUAUAUACAUAUAUAGACAUAAGAUUUUCUUUUUGAACCAUGACUUCAAAUGAUCCAUUAACAUAGAAUGAUAAACAGAACUAUUCAUUGUUGAUCAUAAAGAAAUGAAUUCAUUAUGGAAUAUAUUCUAUUCUAGUCUUUAUUCAUCCCCAAUCCUUCAAAUAUAUUGAUUUAUUUUUUUUUUGUACUGUUUUUUUUUGUUUUGUUUGUUUAUGAUGUUCACAAAUUGUCUUCCUUGUUCACAUCUAUUCAUUCAAAUGAAUGCAUAUAUAUAUACAUCAUUAUUAGCAUAUAAACUAAUUAUCUUUCACAUUUAAUAGUAAUUUAACUUUUGUAGUUUACAGUUCUAUAGUUUUCUUUGAUAUAUUUUAUGAUUUGUCUCUGUGUGUGUGUGUGUGUACGUGCAUGGCAUAAGUGUUUAGAUUUUCUCUUUAGAACUGCUUCAUCACUUAUUUACUCGUAGGUAUAUUCCUACUGUUGUUAUACAUCAAGAGAUUUGGGAGUUGGGCGGGGGGAGGGGUUGAGCUUUCUUGAAAAUGUAUGGAAUGUUGAGUUACCAAGUUGUCCUUUCUCUCUCUUUCUCUCUAUCUGGCGCUAUUUCCUCUUUUCCACAUGACGUAUAUCAUUUAAAAAGAAAUUCAAUCCUUGUAAUUGAAACUUACUUCUGUUCAUGUGUAUGAGAUUUGACAACAACUAUGAACGUCAUUAGACAUUAUCAAACGAUUCACUGUCUAUUAUUCUAGAGUUAUACAUUCAUUACCUUUAUUUAUUGUAAACAUAACAACUAUUCUAGGUAUUUUAUGAAUAUUAUUGAUUUCAACCAGUUUAACAUGUGUGCUCUCAUUUCCGAUUUCACACACAUAACACACACAGAUCAUCUUUCUCAUUUUGAAACUCAUUUCCAUGUUGUGUUUUUCUUUCUUUCUUUUUUCAUUUGCAUGUAAAAUUUGUUUUUAUUAGAUAAUGCAGCGAUUACAUCUUCAGUACUUACAUUAUUGAGUAUUGGAAUUCAUGCAUAGAACAUAUGAAUUGUGUGUGUGUGUGUGUGUGCGUUCCAAUAUAUUCAUCAUUAAUUUAUCUUUUGAACUACCUUAAUUAUUUGUCUUGUUUACUUUUUGUUGUUUUGGUUUAAUACUGUUAGUCUGUAUUUAGUUGCGUUGUGCAAGUGUGAAGUAGAAGAGAUGGAUUAAGAGACGAGUGUUUUCUGUCCUAUUGUGUAUUCAGAUUAGAUGGUGGUUGGAGGUAGUCGACAGGAAACCCUGGACCCGGGUUUCGUGCUACUUGGCACUCGUCAUCAAGGUGUACCUGUAAUCUUGAAGGAACUGGUGCUCCCUGGCGGAUUCGAUCUCGUGUCACCCAGCUUCACAGUCAGGGACCCUACCACUGAGCUAUCGGAGCCGCGACCAACUUCCUGUAGGACUGAGAUGUGUAUUCAUUACGAAAUGAAAAAGGAAAUGAACAGUUUAUCAACCUGUUGUAUAUUUAAACCUUAAGCGCUAGUCUCGAGUUAUGAAGAUCCUAGGUUCAUGAAUGCGUAUUACUGAGGAGUUUGUCCGAAAAAUACGCGAAGUUAAAGAAAUUUCUUUUACGUAAUUUAUGGUACAUUAAUUGUUCCUUUCACGAAUACUGCCAGUUUGUGACAAUACACUUGCUCCACCUCCAUUUUAAUUACUCAAAAAAUCUUUAGGAGUUAAACUUUUCAGAUGUUUCAUAUAUUCAUAUCGUUCUAGUAACAACCUCGUGUGACCGGUUUACAUUUUGGAAACAAACAGAAAUCACCGACCAAUAGAAGAGAUUGUUUAGAGUGGUUAUCAGAUUACGAAACAAACUGAUGAGUGAUCAUAGUAGAAUAUGCAGGCGCAUUGUCUCGAUGCAGUGGUCGGUGUGCAUCAUUCUUCAAACACAAUUUGUUAUCAAUGACACUAGUUGAAUUUCGUAUAUUUUCAUCACAUAAAUUACGUGCUAAUCCGGCCCAAACGUUCACGAAAGUUAAAUAAAGAGAAUUAAACUAUCUCACUGAAGUAGAUUCAUUUUUUAAUGAAAUAAAAAAAGUCACAUAACAAUUGAUCAGUCAUAACACAACGUAGGACCUGGCACAUAUGUG